AUGGUGUCGCCAAACCCUAUGAUGGAGGAGCUAAUCGAGGCCCUUGAGCGUCUCAACCUCUCCAGAUAUCUCGGAGGAGCCGCCUUGGUCAUUUCCAUCUACGACUGGCUCAUCUUACUGGGUGACGAAUCUAGCACCGUCUGGCAAGGGCGAUGGACAUUGCCAAAAUCAAUCUACUAUUUUAACCGUCUCGUUACACCUGUAGGGUUAAUGACUGCCGCCUAUCAGUUGAGCGACCAACCACGCUCAAAGCCACUCACUGCCAAGCACGCUCUAAUCAUCUUGAUGGACAUUGGGACUAACACAUGCACAUAUAGCUGUCUUAUCUACAACUAUGUCAACUCGCUCGUCCUACUCUUCUCCUUUUUCCUCAGUAAUCUCCUUUUGACUCUCCGGCUGGUGGCGCUCUACAAGCGCAAGAAGUGGAUCGCAUGGUUCCUGUACUCGUUCCUCACCAUCUCAUAUCUCAUCACGGCAGGGUUGGUGGUCUAUACUCUCCACACCUUUGGACGUGGACUAUACUACUCGCAAAUAGUCCACGCCUGUGCAUCAACGACGAAAUCGAACCUCAUGCCCGCCAUAUUUCUUCUACCGGCAGCUUACGAGUUUACCAUCUUUACCAUGACUGGAGUCCGAGCCUUUCAUGACGCGAAACUCAUUAGAACUUCUGGGAGUGCUCCAUUCCUUACCGUCCUCUAUAGAGGGUGCAUAUGCUUCUUGAUCAUGCUUGGAGUUCGCAUUUGGAACGUAUGGAUUUAUGCUACCCAACCCACCUCUGCAUCCUAUCUCGGCAUCUACUUGCUAUGGGCCACGAUGACCAUUCUGAGCACGCGCGUGUAUCUAAACCUCGUCUUCCUCGCGCGAGGCGUGUCAGAGCACAUGACAGCCGAGGUCUCACGUGUCAGAUUCGCACCAGCGACGCAACUGGGAGGUAUCAAGAUGCAAGUGCAGACAACGACAAUCGCGGAUGAUCACCAUGUUCUGACGAUGAAGGAUGGCCGGCGGCAGAGUAGCAUGGUAUUUACCAAAUUUUCGGAUGCUCCGUUUGACGUCGAGAGCCAUGGCUCGCCCAAUCGAGACGACGUAUCGGUUGGGCAAAGGUCGUCGCCCAGGGAUUCUCUCCGUCAGCCAUUUUCUUCUGCGAGUUUUGCGGUCGGCGACAAUGCAUAUGAACUCAACUCGCGAAUGUAG